GCUGCACGAAGUAGAAAGUCCGAGGAAAGAUGCACGAAGAGGAGGAUGGCAGCGAAGCCGGGUCCUGCGCAGCCUCUCGGGUGGUGGUGGCCUCCAGGUCCGUGGAUGUGGCCGAGGCCGAGGGCGCGAAGGAGCAGGCCUCCAAGCUGUGCGGCUACCUGAACAAACUGUCCGGCAAGGGGCCUCUGAGGGGCUACAAGCCGCGGUGGUUCGUGUACGAUCCGAGGAAAUGUUACUUGUACUACUUCAAGACUCCCCAGGAUGCCCUGCCGCUCGGACACAUCGAGAUCGGCGACGCGUGCUUCAGCUACGACGUGGAGGGGGAAGAGGGCCAGUUCGAGAUCCGCACGGCCGGGAAGGAGUUCCUCCUCAAGGCCCCCAGCAGGCAGGUGAUGCACUACUGGCUGCAGCAGCUACAGCAGAAACGCUGGGAGUACAGCAACACACGGGGCUCCGGCCAGAGGGACAGCUGGAGCUCGCCGACCCUGGCGUACCCUCCCAGCGGCCUCGUCAGCAAAGACAAUGAUGCGUUUGUCUUCGAGAAGCUGAGUGACAGCAUGGAGAAAGUCCGCAGCGAUCUGACGGCCGUGGAGACGGAGUCGGAAGGCGGGGGAAUGGUGGGGAUCCAGUCGGCCAGAGGGCCCUCCUCCGCGUCCACGAACCCACUCAACUUCUCCCUCAGAAACUUCGGUACAGAACUCAGGAACUCCAUGUCUUAUCUGCGGCCGGGGAGAGGAGGCGAGAACAGACGCAGUGUGUUUUACACUAGCAACAGCAGCGCAGAGGAUUGGGAGCUGGUGGAUGCUCCACCCAAGGACUUCCCUGAACAGAAACCUCAUCCAGACACACACAGGCAUUCCUUUGGGUCGGCGUUCGACUUUGUGCGCAACCCUUCGCGGCCUAAGAGGCCUUUGCUUCGAGACAUGAUGGGCUCCGGAAGGUUCGGGCGCAACAGUUCAGAAAACGUCCCAGCGGAGUGUAACGGCAGCAAGCCUUUUGAGCUGCAGCUUCGCCUCCAGAGCCAACAGGAAGAACUGAGCCGCAUGCAGCAGGAAGACACCAAACUCAGAGAAGAGCUGGCCGGCCAGAAGGAGCUGGUGAGACUUCUGCAGCAGACUCUGAGAACCACCCAGUGCGACAGGCAGCCAGUGCAACGUCCAGCCCCGGCUCCAGACUCUCCUGCGGCGUCAGACCAGACUCAAAGUCCAGCAGUGACACAGGGAGAGAUCGAUCAUUUGGAGGCCCUGCUUCAGGAGAGGGAUGGACAGAUCCAGUCCCUGUGUGGCCACAUGGAGCGUCUGGCCUUGGAGAAGGACAGUCUGCAACAAGAGCUGAAGGGCCUGAAAAUAAAGGUCGGGGAGAUAAACGACCAGCUGGGCAUGCUGAUGGAGACCAUCCAGGCCAAGGAUGAAGUCAUCAUCAAGCUGUCGCAGGAGAGCUCCGAGCAGAGCGGCAACCCAAAUGAUCCUGGUUCGCCGUCUCCUAACAAAGACCAGCAGGAGGUGGACAUCCUCAAGGACAGCCUUCAAGGCUACAAAUCCCAGAACAAGUUCCUGAACAAAGAGAUCCUGGAGCUGACAGUGUUACGCAGAAAUGCAGAGAGCAGAGAGAAGGCGCUGGAAGCAAAGUACACGGCCCUGGAGGCCAAGCUGUGUCAGGUGGAGAGUAAGUACCUGGUGCUGCUUCAAGAAGUGAAGACCCCGGUGUGUUCGUCCGAGCAGAACCCGGCCCGCGAGGUCAUCUCCAGAUUGCUAGAGGACGCGCUGCAGGCAGAGAGCCCCGACCAGCAGGAGCAACACAUCUUUAAACCGAACACCGUCAGUGAGUACGAUGUGUACGGCUUCAAGACCGUCCCAGAGGAGGAGGAAGAGGAGGAGAAGCUGGUUGCGAAGGUGAGAGCUCUGGAGCUGAAGUCCCUGUCCAUGUGUGAUCAGGAGGUGUCCGUCGGGGUGAAGUGGGAGAACUACCUGGCCAGCACCAUGAACAGAGACCUGGUGCGAUCGCCCGAGCUCAAGGCCCUGAUCCGCUGCGGCGUCCCCCACGAGCACCGCUCCCAGGUGUGGCGCUGGUGCGUCUCCUUCCACGUCAAAAAGUUCCGGGACCAACUGGCGCCCGACUACUACGAGACCUUACUAAACGUGGCCCGGGACAAGCCCAACCCGGCCUCGAAGCAGAUCGAACUGGACUUGCUGCGCACUUUGCCCAACAACAAGCACUACGCCUCCCCAAGUGCAGGCGGCAUCCAGAAACUCAGGAACGUCCUGAUGGCCUUCUCCUGGAGGAAUCCAGACAUCGGCUACUGCCAGGGACUGAACAGACUUGCAGCUAUUGCCCUGCUCUAUCUGGACCAAGAGGACGCCUUCUGGAGCCUCAUAGCCAUCGUGGAGGUCUUCAUGCCAAGAGACUAUUACACCAAGACUCUGCUUGGCUCACAGGUUGACCAGCGCGUGUUCAGGGACCUGAUGAGUGAGAAGCUGCCGCGGCUUCACGCCCACUUCGAGCAGCACAAGGUGGACUUCUCCCUCAUCACCUUCAACUGGUUCCUGGUGGUGUUUGUGGACAGCGUGGUGAGCGACAUCCUCUUCAAGAUCUGGGAUGCCUUUCUCUACGAAGGGCCAAAGAUCAUAUUUCGCUUCGCCCUCGCUCUCUUCAAGCACAAAGAGGAAGAGUUUUUGAAGUUGCAGGACUCGACCGCCAUCUUUAAAUAUCUCCGCUGCUUCACACGCACCAUCCUGGACUCGAGGAAGCUGAUGAGCAUCGCUUUCGGGGACAUGAACCCGUUUCCCAUGCGGCAAAUCCAGAACCGCCGGUCCUUCCACCUGGAGAAGGUGCGCCUGGAGCUGACGGAGCUGGAGGCGAUCAGACAGACCUUCCUGAGGGAGAGGGAGACGACUCAGGACGGACGGAGCUUCGUCAGCGACGACGAGGAGGAUAACUGACCGUAGCCUUGUCACGUUUCCCCGGCACUUGUUGCUGAAGUAUGAAGACAAGAACCUUCAUCACCGACACCGGUGAUGUGCUGCAGCUUGUAAAGGGAUUUUAUUUUUCCUAAAGAAUUGUUGGAGUUCAAAUCAGAGCUGGAACAAUCAACUUUCUGUCGAGCAAAAAUCGCAUCGAAGGACCAAAACAUUACAGCCGAUCAGGCUUUCUAUCAGUAUUCCUGCCAUUGUUUUUUUUGUAAACGCCUUAUUUGUUGUAUGCUCCUGUGUUUAUGUGACAGUAUGCUGUGUUCACGGCUCUUCAACCUUCAGUGCCAAGCUACACUCUCGCAGUCCCAAUCAGUAUUUCCAAAAACAUGGCUGUGAUCUUUUAAUAGUCUGCAAUUUUAUACCUUUUUAAGGACUGAUUGUAUUUUUUUUUUUUUUAUUCCCUCCCCCAGUUCCUUCCUUAAAUGUCUUAAAAUUCUUCACUUAAUUUUUUAUAUAUAUAUGUAUAGAUAUAUAUUUUUUUUCAAUAUUGCCACUCAACAGCACAUCUUAUGUGUUUGAUCCCUGUGUCUCAUGAUGCACUUGAAUCACCUAUGCUGAUAUUCAAAUUUUGCUGAAAGUCUUAGAGGCUACUGAUCACUCACUCAUGUUGCCUUAGAUUGUACAUAUCAUUCCAUACCCUUCAUAUUGUCAACUUAUUUUUAUACCACUUAAUUACUUCAAUUUUCCCAAAGCACAGGUCUGAAGAGCUCAAACUAUUUUGCACCGCUAAUAUUCUUUAAGAAAAAAUUCAAUCAGAAAUUCAGUCAUUACUGCCUCACCCUCGUGCAGAUGGAGAGGUGUGACGUUUCAUGGUCAAAAAAAUACUUCUGGAGCUUCAAAACAGCAUAAUUCAAAUCUGUGGAAGCCCCAAGAGCCCAUGUUGAUUUGUUCUCUUCAGAUAAGAUGCAUGCUAACGCUUUUAGAGCCAAAGUGAAGAUGUCAGCUUAAUUAACAUCAUUUCAUGUCAAUUUGGGAUAUACGGAGCCAUUUUAUGUUGUCCUGGUCUAUUUCAGUUUAGGUAGCUUCAGAAUAUUUUGUGGACUACAGAACUUGACCAGACUCAUGAGGGUGAGUAUAUAAUGUCUGAAUUUUCAUUUUUGGGGGAACUUGUCCUUUAAACUAAAAACAUUGUCCAAAGGCCACUGGAUUAUUCAGGAGAUUAUUACAGUACCUGGCAUUGACAGAUAUCGAUCAGUACAGAUUCCCUCAUUAGUUUAGUAUUUUUCUCCUCAUUAGGAACCUUAUUAGCUUUAGCAACACGGUCGCUAAUCUUCCUGGGGUCCUAAACACAACAACAAAUAAUACAAAUUCAAAUGUCAUUGUAUUAAUGAGACGAAAAAACGCAAUACGUUACGAUGUUUGUUCUUUUGUACGCCUGCCCACAUGUGCUGCUCUUAAGUGUUUUGUUUUUAGUCUUGCUCUUGAUUUGAGGUGUUUUUAAAUGGUUCAGUCUCCUCCGACUACAACCUGGUUUGAAAGUUUUACAGUACAUGCCGAAUGCUGGGAUCCCUUUUUUUUUUUCCUGAGCCCCAUUCGAAAAUUCUGAUUGUAUUUGCAUGCAUUGUCCUCCGAGUGGCAGUAUAACACUUGUCUACCCAGUGUUUGCGCCGCUCCGCAGGUGCCCUCCACACAGUAUGUAGUUUGUCGUACUGGAUUUUCAGCUUUGGAUGACGUGUCUGUGAAUUCAAGUCUGUCAACAUGAUGUUUUUGUUUUGUUUUUUUUUUGUGCAAAAAAUGAAAGUAACAUUUUGAAAUCAAUGAGGGAAGUAUUUCAGGAGGUUGCUAAACAUGUGGAGCAACGUCUCUCUCGCCUUCCACUUCCAGGUACUUUAAAGACGAGAGUUUACUCUUCAGCAUUCUGAUCUCUAUUACACCUGUUUAAAAACCCAACUGUGUAGCAAACCAGAACAAAAAAUGUCAAUGUUCAAAACUUGUUUCUCUUGUAUGCUGAUAUAUUGUUUACAGUUUAAACUUUUAAUAUCCUUUUAAUUGUGUUUCACUCUGAGCUGUUUACAGAUCUGAUGACCGUCUCUCUGCAGUCACAGUAUUGUCAGCCGUAGCAUCAACCUAAACCUUUUUCUUUAAUGGAACAAAUGGUAGAAUUGUUGUUUUUUUUGAUGAUGGAAAUGGAAAUGGAACAAAGAGACCAUGGGAGCAAAUGUCUGAUUCGUUUUCCUUCAUGAGAGCCGGCCUCUCAUGAGAUCAAAAUUUUCAAGAUUUGAAAAAAAAAAGUUUCUUUAGGUUUUGUCAAAAGGCUCAUAUAGUAGGUUUUCAGUGUUUACUCGUAUUCUAUUCUUUGGCUUGUCUGCUGUCAGUUUUGAUUUUCACAUUGAAUAAGCUACAUUUAAUUUGUCAUCAUCCUUUCUUUCAUUUCUUUCCUCUUUUUUUCACAGCAAAGUAUUGCACAAGAAUACUUCAGAAUAUUAUCGGGCACUUCACCCCCUUUUUUUUAUACGUCAGUCUCUGUGGUGUUUGAUGUUAAUCUGUAUCCACUCAAUGAUGAAAAGUGCCACGCUUUUUUUUUGUGUGUGUGUUACUGCAAUAAGCACACGCCACUGUAUGCUUUUUGUAACGCCAGUUAAGAGACAAUUUCAAUAAACAAACGUCUGAACCGAG